CUGAUAUUGACAUUUGACGUGUCGACACGUAUUUAUGUUUUACAAUUCAACAUCUCAAACAAAGUUUAUGAUCAUUUAGAGAAUCUGAAGAAAUAUAUAAAAGUGUGAAAAAAUGACUGCUGUGGAACAGCCCUGCUAUACCCUUAUCAAUUUACCUACAGACACAGAGCCUUAUAAUGAAAUGCAAUUGAAGCAAGAUUUAGAAAAGGGCGAAGUAAAGCAGAAAGUGGAAGCAUUAAAAAGAAUUAUUCAUAUGAUUUUAGCUGGAGAAAGACUACCCCCAGGUUUCUUAAUGCUAAUAAUAAGAUAUGUUUUACCACUACAAGAUCAUCUAGCCAAGAAAUUACUUCUCAUAUUUUGGGAAAUUGUGCCAAAAACAUCACCUGAUGGUAAAUUACUUCAGGAAAUGAUUCUGGUUUGUGAUGCUUAUCGUAAGGAUUUACAACAUCCAAAUGAAUUUUUGCGCGGCUCGACCUUAAGAUUUUUGUGUAAACUGAAGGAACCUGAAUUGCUGGAACCUUUAAUGCCAUCCAUUCGAACAUGUUUGGAACAUAGACACUCCUAUGUGAGAAGAAAUGCAGUCUUGGCCAUAUUCACAAUAUACAGAAACUUUGAAUUCCUAAUUCCUGAUGCACCUGAGUUAAUUUCUACAUAUUUAGAUGGAGAACAGGAUAUGUCAUGCAAAAGAAAUGCAUUUUUAAUGUUGUUACAUGCAGAUCAAGACAGAGCACUGUCAUACUUGGCUAAUUGUUUGGAUCAGGUGAAUACAUUUGGAGACAUUUUGCAACUGGUUAUUGUUGAGCUCAUCUACAAAGUUUGUCACACAAAUCCUGCUGAAAGAUCCAGGUUCAUAAGGUGCAUCUACAAUCUGUUGAACUCUAGUAGUCCUGCUGUCAGAUAUGAAGCUGCAGGAACAUUAGUCACACUCUCCAAUGCUCCAACUGCUAUUAAAGCAGCAGCCAGCUGUUACAUUGAACUUAUAAUUAAAGAAAGUGACAACAAUGUUAAACUUAUUGUAUUGGACAGACUUAUUGGUCUGAAAGAGCAUCCAAGUCAUGAACGAGUGCUCCAGGAUUUGGUAAUGGAUAUCUUAAGAGUUUUAUCAAGCCCUGACUUGGAAGUCAGAAAGAAAACAUUAAGUUUGGCCAUGGAUCUAGUUUCUUCCAGAAAUAUUGAGGAAAUGGUUUUGGUACUGAAAAAAGAGGUAUCCAAAACGCACGACGUGGAACAUGAGGACACUGGAAAAUAUAGACAACUAUUGGUUCGUACCUUGCAUUCUUGUUCAAUUAAAUUCCCAGAUGUUGCUGCUACUGUCAUACCUGUGCUUGUUGAAUUUUUAUCAGACACAAAUGAAUUAGCUGCCACAGAUGUUUUGGUGUUUGUCAGAGAAGCAAUUCAGAAAUAUGAUAAUCUACAACCACUUAUUAUUGAGAAAUUACUCGAAUGUUUCCGUGACAUAAAAUCCGUAAAGGUACACAGAGCUGCGCUCUGGAUUCUUGGUGAAUACGCAACGGAAGUCAAUGAUGUGGAAGCUGUUCUGAAGGAAAUUAAUAAUGCUUUGGGAGAAGGUCCUCUUUUAGAAUCAGAACAAAGAUUAACUGCUGGAGACACAGAGGAAGCUCCAAAAUCAGCGCCAGUUCAAAAUGUUCCCUCCAAUCUUGUAACUUCUGAUGGCACAUAUGCCACUCAGUCUGCUUUUAACACUGCACAACGAGACAAAGAGGUUAAACGACCUCCAUUGAGACAAUAUUUAAUGGACGGUGACUUCUUUAUUGGUGCCGCAUUGGGCUCUACCUUAACAAAAUUGGCUUUGAGAUACAGUAAACUGGUUAGCCCCCUCCAGGCAAACCGUUUCGAUGCUGAAAUUAUGUUAAUAAUGGCCGGAAUUAUCCAUUUGGGGCAGUCUGGAUUGCCAACUAAGCCGAUUACAAACGAUGAUAAAGACCACAUUUUGUUUUGCCUCAGAGUAAUCUCUGACAGAAGUCCAGCCAUUAUUGAAGUCUUUAUGGAGCUUUGCAGGCGCGCACUUAAUGAUAUGCUAGUGGCCAAGGAAGUAGAGGAAGCAUCCACACAAAAGGCCAAAGAAAAAGCGGGUCACGUUAUCCAAACCGACGAUCCUAUAAAUUUCUUGCAAUUGGAGGCCGAUAAAUCUGGCGAAUUGGGAGAAAACGUUUUCGAGAUUUCUUUGUCACAGGCACUUGUCGGCGGCAGAGGUCAAGGGGCCGAUACAAACACCGGAGUUAACAAACUCAAUAAAGUCACUCAGCUCACAGGAUUUUCAGAUCCAGUUUACGCAGAGGCUUAUGUGCAUGUUAAUCAGUAUGAUAUUGUUCUGGAUGUUUUGAUUGUAAACCAAACAAAUGAUACUUUGCAAAAUUGCACCCUUGAGCUGGCUACUCUUGGUGACUUGAAGCUGGUGGAGAAGCCACAACCAGUGGUUUUAGCUCCAAGAGAUUUUUGCAAUAUAAAAGCAAAUGUAAAAGUUGCCUCAACAGAAAACGGUAUAAUCUUUGGAAAUAUUGUAUAUGACGUAACUGGCGCUGCCUCAGACAGAAACGUGGUGGUACUCAACGACAUCCACAUCGACAUUAUGGACUACAUCGUUCCGGCUUCUUGCACUGAUACAGAAUUUAUGCGUAUGUGGGCCGAGUUUGAAUGGGAGAACAAAGUAACUGUUAACACACCUAUAACGGAUUUGUCGGAUUACUUGAAGCACUUAGUGAAAAGUACUAACAUGAAAUGUUUAACGCCAGAAAAGGCGCUAUCUGGUCAAUGUGGAUUCAUGGCUGCAAACAUGUAUGCCAAAUCUAUAUUUGGAGAAGAUGCAUUAGCUAAUUUAAGUAUUGAAAAACCAUUUAAUAAACCAGAUGCUCCAGUUGCCGGACAUAUUCGUAUUAGAGCUAAAAGCCAGGGAAUGGCUCUAAGCUUGGGAGACAAGAUAAAUAUGACUCAAAAGGGACACCAAGCUAACAAGGUUACAGCAGGUUGAACAAGUAUUCUGAAAUUUUAUGAGUGUAUUUAAUUAUUAGAUUUCCUAACAGGAUUAUGUACCUAUUUUGUAAGUUGAAAUAAAUUUAACAAUAUUAUCUAA